AUGUCGUCCGGCGGAGGUGUACGCUUUGUCCAUACUGUUUUUGUGGUGCGUGAAGAUGAAGAAAAUGGACGACAGCCCGAAUUCCUUGACCAACCCUUCAAACUGAACGCCCUCUAUCACCCGUCGUCAUCAGUUCUUUUCCGCCUCAGCGUAGCCAUCGCCCACAGCACCUCGAACAACACCACUCUCUAUCUGCACAUCACCCCCGACCGCAUUGCUUCGCUGCGCCACACGACCUGCGAUACGAUUGAUACGAAUGACGAAAGCCCGCCGUGCCUCGAACGUGUCCGCCAGCGACUAGGUGCCAAGCGCCUCGUGACUCGCCUCCAGCUCCGGUUGCACAGUGGCUUCCAUUGCCAACUUAUCGCGCCCACUGGCUUAACUCGCGAUGAGGUCCAAGCCUCCGACAACCCGGCGCGGCACACAUUUGCCUUGGCCACGUCACUCGCGACGGCCUCAACAUUUUCCCUCUAUUUCCCGCACAACGUCUUGCGGAUGACCACAUUCCAAGCUUUCGCCGAGGGCGUUCGACAAUUUCCGAAUCUGACAGCCGCCCAGCGUCAAUCAUACGAGCGUGUGUUGGAUCUGCGCCGGCUGUAUCAUGGCAAAGGUGGUACUGUGGUGACGCUUGAGGAGUUCACCGCGAAGGUCCAAAGUAGCCCCCCGCGCGACGAAGAAGACAAUAGAGCUACCACGCCAGUCACAUCCGAGUCGUGCGGUUCCACUGUUGCUUUUGACAUUGUGCCGCGCGACCAAGAGUCACCGCCGCCGCAGUAUGACGAACACGAAAAUACUGGAAGACAGCCAAGGGAGCAGGCGAGCGCCAAAUCGACCGCCACGGCUUUCGUUGGCGGGGGUCUUGGCGGUGACGAUGUCCUCCCGCCAUACGGAGAUAGCAAAGGGCAGUACAACAAUACGUCAAAGACUUCCAAACGAGGGCUGCACUUUGGUAGCGAAGAGACGGACAUACAUCCUUGCUCGAAGAGAGUCUAUUGUAAGCGUGCAUUCACCACUAUUUACACAACUACGACGGACGAAGAACGCCCUGGAGAGAACUCGAAAUCUCCACUUGCAGACCUGGAACGGUCACAGAGUAGGUUGACGAUUCUGCUUGAGCAGCAACGCCGGCAAAUCCUACAGCUACAGGCAGAUGUCGAGGAACUCAAGAGGCGCAAUAGUGAACUUGAGGCACGGCAUGACGAUGUAGAGGACAACUGUUGCGACUUGGGCAACCGACAGACCGAAACUCAGGAGACUGUCGAGUCAUUGCUCAUUCAUACCGGCGAGCUUGACGAUGAGUGCGAGAAGCUCGGGAAACAAAUGCCGGACAUUUGCGAUGAUGUGGAGGAGUGGGUCAGGGACAAUUUAGGAGACGCAAUGCAGGAGCACAUGAGCAAAUGGUUUGAAGAGAACAUGGCAGAAACCGUGAAUGGAUACAUCAACGAUAAAGUUGCGGCCAAGAUGGCCGUCACUAAGGCAAGAAUGCGUAGAGCACUCCAAGACUAG